GCUGGAAAAGAAGAGGGAGAACUUCUAGCAGGUGAUGUGAACCUUGAGCUGCCGUGGUUGACGAAAAAGAAAAAGGUUUUUCCAGAUACCUCAUCCUCUCAAGUUGCUAGAAACUGAGAGAUCUGACUGGAAAAUCAAAGUCUAACUUAUGGAGGAAAACAGUCUUGAAAACAUCGCCAUAGCUUCUUCCAUUUGCAAAGGUUCAGACCCGGACCUUCCUUUGAAUAUUGAAGAAUCAAACAAGGAGUUCAUGGCAGAAAGCGAAGAACUGUCUGACUCCCUCAUGAGCUGUCACUGGCAGCCUCUGGACACCAUCCUGUCCAACAUCCCCAGUGAGCCCCACCCCCACCCCCAGUGUGAAACACGUGUUCACCAUGCCCUCCAGCUGACCUGCUAAUUGUAUCUUGCUUUGGUUUUGAAGGGAAAAAAAAAGCCCAGAAAUUUAUCAGAUUAUGAAUAUAUUAUUAACUUUUUUCCUAGUACUGGGAUUACGCCCAGAGUCAUGUGGGUGUUAGGAAAACACUCUACCACUG